CCCUGCGGAGCAGCGCUGCGAUUGGCCAAAGCAGAGACGAGGGGAGGGUUUUUCUUCCCCGUCCUCACCUUACUACUGGUGUUGUUUCCCUCCUGUGCUGCCUCCCUUCGCCUCUCCUCCCAUCCUAGAGGACAGAGCAAUGCGGAGACAAUAGGACGCAGAGCCGGAGGAGUCUGGAGGAUGCGCGGCGCCACAUCCACCGUCACACGGCUGCACGGAGGCUUUUCACAGGACACCGACAUCAGACGAUUCUCCCGGCUUAUCUGGCCUUAGUAUGCGAUCAGAUUAUCCCGUGUGUUUACCAGCAGCCUGGGCUGACAGGGCAGACUGCACAGCUCCCAUAUGGGAACCAACUGAAGGUGACACCAGCUAUUAGCUACUACUGCUCUGUCCCACCUGAGCGUCUUUUUCCCAGAUUUUUCUCCUGGUACAUCUCCCAAAACAGUCCCCAGCAUGAGUUCCUCUCCGCUGGUGUCUCGAGCCAACGUGGACAUCCUGGAUGAGCUGCAGCUGAUCGCAGCCCAGAACCUGGAGAGACUGGAGGUAAACAAGUAUUACGAGGUGAUCAGGGAGCUGGGCAAGGGCACCUACGGCAAGGUGGACCUGGUUAUCCACAAGAUCAGAGGUACAAAAAUGGCACUGAAGUUCCUAAAGAAGAAGACAACCAAGCUGAAGUCGUUCCUGCGGGAGUACAGCAUUUCACUCUACCUGUCUCCCUGCCCUUUCAUCAUUAACAUGUUCGGCAUUGCCUUCGAGACAGAUGACUACUACGUGUUUGCCCAGGAGUAUGCUCUGGCAGGAGACCUCUUUGAUAUCAUUCCUCCACAGGUUGGUCUUCCUGAGGCAGUGGCAAAGCGUUGUGUGCACCAAGUAGCCAUAGCUUUGGACUACUUGCACUGUAAGAAGCUGGUCCACAGGGACAUCAAGCCUGAAAAUAUCCUUAUUUUUGAUCGAGAGUGCCGCAAAGUCAAGCUGUCAGAUUUUGGCAUGACCCGCCGAGCUGGCUCACCUGUGAAAAGAGUGAGUGGCACCAUCCCCUACACAGCUCCAGAGCUUUGUGACGUCUCUCGUCAUGAGGGUUUCUCAGUGGACUACAGCACUGACGUUUGGGCCUUUGGUGUGCUGCUGUUCUGCAUGCUGACUGGCAACUUCCCCUGGGAGAAGGCACUGCCCUCUGACUCCUUCUACCAGGAGUUUAUUCGCUGGCAGAAAAGGAGGACGAACACGGUGCCGUCCCAGUGGAGGCGCUUCACUGAGCAGGCCCUCCGCAUGUUCCGCCGGCUGCUCUCUGUGGAACAGGACCGCCGCUGCUCCGUCAAAGAGGUCUUUGGCUACUUCAGCCACUCCUGGAUGCUAGACACAGAGAAUAACAACAAAAAUUGCAACGGCAACAGUGGAGGUGGCGGAGAGAGGGUUGGUGGUUGUGGAGGAGGAGGGGUGAGAGGAGAGGUGGACGGCAUCUCCUCAUCUUCAUCCGGGGAAGAAGACGAGGAACUCCUUGUGGAGAGGAUGAAGCAGCAGACUCUCUCCCCGCUGUCACCUCUCUCUCCCAUGUCUCCAGGGGUAGUUGAGAGGGCGAGUGGUGGCGGGGCUAAGGGUGGGAUGAUGGAACCAGGUGGUGGCCACCAUUUUGUGUCCGUCUCCACCAACAGCUCUGUGUCGUCCACCAAUAGCUAUGAUCGAAUGCCACGAGAAAACAAUUCACCUGGUGGCCGCAUGCUGGUGGCUACACCCAUUGAAAUCUGCGUCUGAGUGCAUCAGAAUGUUCAAGCUGUCACAGACUCACUGGUACACACUUUUAUACCUCUCAUUCAACCACAUAGAUGUGCAUGCAUGGACAAAGAAACAGACAUUGAGUACUAACACUUGUCCCCAUUUUAAACAUCUUGGGAAAGGCAGAGCACACAUGGAAGACUAAACAAGAGAGUAUUUGAAGAAUGCAUACAUUCCUUACGAGGUAGGAUUUUUGGUCAGACUGGAGUCAAAAGACUCCAUAAGAAGCCCCAUUUAUACUUUGAUUUCAAUGACGGGUGCAAAUGCAGUUUUGUGAAACCCAGAGGAAAAAUGAAAAGUUGCUUCCAUCAGAGAUUUUGUCAAUAAAACUAUCUGAAAAGAAGACCAAAAUGUAUUUCUUAAAGCAAUACUUUGAGUAAAAAAAAGCAAAUAUAGACACAAAGGGGCAGAGUGCUGUGUAAUCUCUUCAGGACAGGACUGCUGUCAUUUUUGGACGAAGCCAAGAGACAAAGAAUUUGUAUUUUUGAAAAAGACUAAAUACAGAGUUCAAAGAAAUAACUUGUAGGAUAAAAACAAGUGAGCAGUGGUUUAAAUGUUUCGUGUUACAAAAAUGUGAUGUGUGAAUGUGUCUGUUGUGUGUAUCACUUGUGUUCUGUGUGUUUGAAUCCAGAAAGUGUAUUUAUUUUGCUUUAAGAAUUUUAUUCUUUGUUUGAAUCUAAAAAGACUACACACACUAUUUUUUUAUUGUUAUUUGUAAAGCAGCUUUCUUUCUUUUUCAUUAGACUUCAUAUUGUAUUUUGGUGUUGUGGCAUAGCUGUGCCAAAUCCACACAGCUAUGAUGUGCAACACAUGUGGUUGGCUGCUGCACAUAUUGGUAUGAGUAGCUGCAUAUCAUGUAUGAGGUUUGGCCAACAGAAUAUUUUACAGCUGCUGCCUGUAAACCAGUAUGUCCAUUAGCAACAGACUAGUCUGAGAGAAAGCUUAUAAUGUCUCUGUACUUUGUCUCAAACAUAUCUACUUAACUGUUGACAAACUAUUUUCUUUUCACUCUCCAAAAUUCUGUUUAUAGCUUCUGUUUUCUUUGAAACAUUUCUCAAAAAUUCGUUUGUAUUGCUUGUUUUCCUCAAAACCUUUAGCAAAAUGUAUUGUCUGAAAAGAAAAGAGACAUGAUAAUUUUCAAUUCAAUCCGAAGAAAAAAAUCACAGAUGUCAGAAGAGUCACCUUUUACAAACUGCAUGAUGAGUAGUUCAAAGUUAUCUUUAUGAAGAAUUUGAACCAGCUUUGCAAAAAAAAAAAAAAAAUACUGGGAAAAAAAAGAUAAAAAGAAACAUAAAAUGUCGUGAUGUGAAAUUUUUGCCGUAGCACAAUUUCCUGCAUUAUGUUCCUGAGUGAAUAUUGCUGUCAUGAUCUCUUGAGACAUACUAGGGCUAAAAAAAAUCAGAACAAUAACUAGUUUCUAUUCAGUGUGUUGUAUUUGUAUUGCUGUUAUGUGGUGUACUCAUCUCACUACCUUCAGGAACAGAAAAAUAAAGCAAAGCAUGAGGACAUAGAGUGACAGAGCUGAGCUGAGUCACAGGUAGGGAAUUAAAUCAUGUCAUUUUUGCAUCUUAAUUCCCACCGGUAGUGAAGUAGUGUGGUGUGGAUAGGUUUUUCCUAUCAAGUUAAAAUUAACAGGAAAAAAAGUAAUCAAUUUCUUUCUUUAACUCAACAUUACCUAAAUAAAUACGUAAUCACUACUUUUUAUUUUACCAAAAUAAAAGAAAGCAUUGGAUCAUGCAUAGGACUGGGCAUUUUGUGUUAUGCUUUCCAGACGGAAUUGUGCAUGAACUUGUAUGUGCUAAAGCUCUGUUGUGAAAACCCAGAGCAGAGAGCGAGUAUGGAAAUUACAUCGUGUGACAAUCUCUGACCUCAUUGGCAGCCCUCUGACUCAGAACAAAGGACAGUCCUGAUAUAGAUACUGUAGCUGUGCUGUUUUCUAUAGCCCGUUGCUCUCCAUCAGCGAGCUGCAAGCAGCACUGAUUCUGAACAUUCACUGUGUAAACCUCAGCACAUCACAUUCAGCUGGGGGGGUGGGGGGGGGG